UCUUUGCCUGAGCUGUUUCCCACGGUCGAGCCGGGCGUGCUGCUCGAUAUUGCACGGCACGCGUUCGAUCCGUACGAUCUCUACAAGCUCGACGCGAACUACCGCGCACACGUGUUGGAGCACGCCUCCCUUACGCCGCUCCCGGCGUCCCCCCUCCCAUUCUCCUCGUUUCCCUCCGCAUUCGCACAGCACGCACUCGGCCCACGCGAGUUCAUCAUGCGCUUCUACCCCUCCUUGUCCUCGCUCUUCGCCCCACUCUCAACGUACUUCCGCAUUCUCCUUGCCUUUACCGCCUCUUCCGGCUCUGUCGACGCUACACACACCCUCGCAUCUGCCACCAAGGAGUACCUUGCUCGUCUCGUGUCGUUCAGUGAGGAGUAUCACUGGUCUGUAGUCCUUCCGUAUCACAUGGCGUUUCAUGAAAAGCGGCUAGACGAGAUGCGCAAGGGAGAGUUUGACGGCUGGGCAGAAGUGGACUUGACGCUGUUGGUGAAGUUCUUGGAGGACGAAGAG